UCGCCCCGCCCCGCGUUAGCCACGCCCGGGCGCCCUCAGUACGCGAGGCCAGCUGUCCCUUUAAGAAUUCCGGGGCCCGCCUGGCCCCCACCGCCGCCGGGCCAUGGCCGCGCAGCUACUGGAGGAGAAGCUGACCUGCGCCAUCUGCCUGGGACUCUACCAGGACCCAGUGACGCUGCCCUGCGGCCACAACUUCUGCGGAGCCUGCAUCCGGGACUGGUGGGACCGCUGCGGGAAGGCUUGCCCCGAGUGCCGGGAGCCCUUCCCUGACGGCGCCGAGCUGCGCCGCAACGUGGCCCUCAGCGGCGUGCUGGAGGUGGUGCACGCCGGGCCCGCCCGGGACCCCGGUCCUGACCCUGGCCCCGGCCCCGGCCCCGGCCCCGGCCCCGGCCCCGCCGCGCGCUGCCCCCGCCAUGGGCGGCCAAUGGAGCUCUUCUGCCGGACCGAGGGCCGCUCCGUGUGCAGCGUGUGCACCGUGCACGAAUGUCGCCUCCACGAGCGGGCGCUGCUGGACGCCGAACGCCUCAAGCGCGAGGCCCAGCUGAGAGCCAGCCUGGAGGUUACCCAGCAGCAGGCCACCCAGGCCGAAGGCCAGCUACUAGAGCUGCAGAAGCAAAGAAGCCAGAUCCAGAACUCGGCCUGCGUCUUGGCCUCCUGGGUCUCCGGCAAGUUCAGCAGCCUGCUACAGGCCCUGGAAAUGCAGCACACGGCAGCACUGAGGAGCAUCGAGGUGGCCAAGACGCGGGUGCUGGCACAGGCUCAAGAUGAGGAGCAGCGGCUGCGGGGCCACUUGGAGGCUGUGGCUCACCAUGGCUGCAGGAUCCGGGAGCUCCUGGAGCAGGUGGAUGAGCAGACCUUCCUGCAGGAAUCACAGCUCCUCCAGCCCCCAGGGCCUCUUGGGCCACUGAACCCUCUGCAGUGGGAUGAAGACCAACAGCUGGGUGACCUGAAGCAGUUGCUAAGCCGGCUGUGUGGCCUCCUCUUGGAAGAGGGGGGCCACCCCGGGACACCAGCCAAGCCUGUGGACUUAGGCCCCAUGGAGGCCCCAGGUCCCCUGGCACCAGUCCCAAGCACAGUUUGUCCACUGAGGAGGAAACUCUGGCAGAAUUAUCGCAAUCUGACCUUUGAUCCAAUCAGCGCCAACCGUUACUUCUAUCUGUCGCACCAGGACCAGCAGGUGAAGCACUGCCGUCAGUCCCAGAACCCAGGCGGGCCCGGCAGAUUCGAGCUCUGGCAGGUGCAGUGUACCCAGAGUUUCCAGGCCGGGCACCACUACUGGGAGGUGCGCGCGUCAGACCACUCAGUGACACUGGGCGUCUCCUACCCGCAACUGUCACGGUGCAAGGUGGGGCCUCACACAGACAACAUUGGCCGGGGACCCUGCUCCUGGGGGCUCUGCGUCCAGGGGGACAGCCUCCAGGCCUGGCACAACGGGCAGGCCCAGCGCCUCCCAGGGGUGUCAGGGCAGCUCCUGGGCAUGGAUUUGGACCUGGCCUCAGGCUGCCUCACCUUCUACAGCCUGGAGCCCCAGACCCAGCCCCUGUACACCUUCCAUGCCCUCUUCAACCAGCCCCUCACCCCCGUCUUCUGGCUCCUUGAGGGUAGGACCCUGACCCUGUGCCAUCAGCCAGGGGCUGUGUUCCCUCCGGGGCCCCAGGAAGGGGUGCUCAGCUGAAGAAGGCAUGGGAUGGAGCCCUGGCAUAGCUGCCACCAUGCCUGCGUGCCCAAGAGCUGCCCAGCUCCAGCUCGGAGAUUGGAGGACCAGCAGUUGGCCUCUCUGUUAACUCAGAAAGAGAUUGGAGGUGGGGGGAGGUGAGCAUAAACCCAAGUUCACUAUUCCAGCCUCUUUGAAGGGGACACGGUCUAGGAGGGGGAUAAAUGGGAUGCCCUUGCCCCAAACAGAACCCAGUUCUAGGUGCUAUCUGGGCCUGGGAGCCUAGAGCAGUGCCCAGGGGACGUCUGGGCUUAUAGGACAGCGUGUGUGACAAAAUUUGGAUCCACCUGAACUUGCCUCCAGAGAUGAUAAGGGCCAAAGGAGCAGUUAGUGAGGGGCGGUGAGCCAGAGUAGUCCCGGGCCAGACAGAUUCCUCCCUCCGUCCCGCCUGCAGCUCUCUUUAAUUUUUUGUAACAUUUGGAUAGACGUCCGUCCUGUCUUGUAGUCUUUUUAUUUUGUGCAUCCUUAUAAUUGUAUUCUAUAAACAAUUUUGUUUUCUGCAUUUAAACAUUUUUUUUAGGAGACGGUCUUGCUCUGUCACUCAGACUGGGGUACAGUGGCACAAUCGUGGCUCACUGCAGCCUCGAGCUUCUGAGCUCAAAGGAUCCUCCCACCUCAGCCUCCGAAGUAGCUGAGAUUACAG